AUGUUGGCAAGAGUGGUGGGGCAAUUCACGUCGCCAGGCCAACUGCAGUGGGUCAUCGAGUACUCGGAGACAACGGCACCUAUACUCACGGACAUGAGCACCCUGCAGGGGAAUGAUGAAGAUGAUAAAACAUGCUUAGAAACGGACCAGCCUAACCCGGCUCAGGACGAACCGACGGAGCAGGGCGCCACCGAAGAUCAAACAGGGCCUCCCUUCGGAGGAGAACACGAUCGUGCGAAGCGAUAUGUGGAAGACAUCCGGAGGAAUGUCGAACGUAUGCCCAUCCUACCAAAACGAGGGCCAGACCUCGGUGACCCGACGAGUUAUGGGGCUGCGGGUCUAGAGGACUGGAUCCUGCGGAAGUUAUUCGCUGAGCUCGUAGUAUUGCACCUGGCGGACGACAUUGUGCCUGGAGGAAAUGUCGUCUCCCAUCUUGAGCAAGCGGAUGACAUUGUCAUCUUCUCCGCGUCACCACUCGCCGCCCAGCAAAAGCACAAUAACCUCGCGGCGUGGUGCUCGGUGAACUUCGCUUUCAUCAACACCACGGAAACACAAACGCAAGUGAUGGUUUUCAACCUAGCGGGCCGCCAACCAACGACGACGGAGUUGCGCAUGAUGAGGUGA